UACGCGUGCGUACUGGGACUCGAACGCUGAUGCAAGAAAUUUUCAGCGCAGCAGCAGUAGUGUGUGUGGGACUAUUCAGGGAAUAAAGAAGCCAGAUUUUGGUAACUUUUAAGUCCGCAAACAUGUCAGGAGACGAGAUGAUUUUUGAUCCCAACAUGACUAAGAAGAAGAAGAAGAAGAAGAAGCCCUUCAUGCUGGAUGAGGAAGGAGGAGAGGGGGUGGGAGGAGAAGAGGCUAAAGAAGUGGAGAUCAAGGAAGUAGAACCAGAGGCUGGAGAGGACAAGGAAUUUGAUCUGGAUGAAGAUGAAGGCAGGAAGAAAGAGCCAUCUGAUGAUUUGAACGACUUAAACUUCUUCAACCAGAAGAAAAAGAAGAAGAAACCCAAGAAAGUAUUUGAUAAUGAUGUGGAGGAGGGGUUAAAGGAGCUGAAAAUAGAAGGAGAGCAGUCAGAGGUGUUGGAGGAGGAUAACCUGGACCUGAUGCUUCCGACCAAAAAGAAGAAGCCAAAGAAAGUAGACUUUGAAGAAGGAGAGUUGCCGGAAAAUGAUGACGCUCUGGAGGACGAUGAGGGGAAAAACAACGAUGGUAUAUCUUUCAGCUCCUCCACAGGACCAACCUGGGCAGGCUCAAAAAGAGACUACACUUAUGAUGAGCUCCUGAAUCGAGUCUUCAACAUCAUGAGAGAGAAGAACCCCGACAUGGUGGCUGGAGAGAAGAGGAAGUUUGUGAUGAAGCCUCCUCAGGUGGUCCGAGUGGGAACCAAGAAAACCUCGUUCGUCAACUUCACAGACAUCUGCAAACUGUUGCAUCGUCAGCCUAAACAUCUUCUUGCUUUCCUGUUGGCUGAGCUGGGAACAAGUGGUUCCAUAGAUGGAAAUAACCAGCUGGUGAUCAAAGGCAGAUUUCAACAGAAACAGAUAGAAAACGUGUUGAGAAGAUAUAUCAAGGAAUAUGUUACGUGUCACACCUGCCGCUCCCCAGAGACCAUCCUGCAGAAGGACACUCGCCUCUAUUUCCUGCAGUGUGAAACGUGCCACUCCCGCUGUUCUGUAGCCAGCAUCAAGACUGGCUUCCAGGCUGUGACAAGCAAGAGGGCGCAGCUCCGCGCCAAAGCCAACUGAAGACCAUCUACACUGGGCUCCAUCCCCUCUCAGCCUCCCCUUUUUCCAAUCAAAAUUACCGAGGCCUGGGUUGGAAGGCACAUUGAAUUACUAAAGGACUCUCUAAAUCGAACUGUGGGAGGGUUUGCCUGUUGUUCAGUUGUAUCAUGGCCUGACCAGGCACAGAGUGAGAGAGUAUCUAAAGCUGACAGCUGGGGUUCAGGUACUGUUAACAUAUUAUAUGUACCACAUACACUGUUGGAUUCAUUUCAUUUGUUGUCGGGCAGAUGAACCCUCCACCAACUAGGUUUUUUUUUUAUUUUCUUGAAUUCUUGUUUUUUGAAGAACACCUUGAUUUAAUAUGGCUUGCAACCUAAUUCAUUCUAGUCAUGAGUAAACUUCAGUUGCAGAUUACAUUUCUCCAUGCAGCAAGGCAAAGUGUAGAUAAGCAGGGCUAGGCAACUUUGAGGAGACCAGCAGGAGCAGGCUAGGUUUUGAUAUUGUCCAACAAAAUGAAUGCCAAAGCCACUCCCCCUAAACAUAAAUUUGUACUGCAUAUGAAGUCUUUCUUCCUAGAGCCUUAUUAGCUUGACCAUGUGGCAGACUGCUUAUGCACAGGUGUAUUCAUUAAAACAUUUUACUUACUGAGUACUGUUUAAGAGAAUAAAGCCUUUUCCAGCUUUUAGCUAAGCUCAUCUCCAUUAACAGAGCUAAGUUGCAUCUGGGUUUGUAGUUCUUAAUUCCAAAAUCCGAACUUACAUACUGCCAGUCCAGUACUUGUCAGUGACAGGAUCCAACAGGCCUCCUAGUUAUGAUUAUUACUGAAGAUGACAACAAAGUUUGAUUACUAUAACUUGGUAAAGGGGAGAGCAUCUUCUCUCUUUCAUAGAGAAGUGUGUGUGUUUUUGAGAGACUAACAGAAAUGAUAGUUUGUUUUUGAGUGCUGUUAGGGCAGUUGUUUUCUUCAUACUUUAUUACAUUUCUGAAGUAAAGGCAAACAAAUUUUAAAAAACUUGGAGACUUGAUUAAGAGGUUGUGAAAAUAAAUUUAAGUCGGUAAGUCAAGAGCAGCAGGUUUCUGAAGCUUAUGCAAGACCCCUUAAAAACAGAUUCUGAGCAGAGAGCUACAUUAUAUACAAGUCUGAUAAUUCAAAAAAAGAUGUGACAGGAAGAGUUCCAGUUGAAUUAUACUCCAUACCUCAUAUUGGUUCUGGUCUUGUUUGAAGAAUGUGGAUAUGGUCUGGCUUAUAGAAUUUCAAACUGGUUUUUACAAAAAUAAAAUUCUACUCUCUCCAU